UCGGCGCAGAGGAAGCCCAGAAAGAGGCUCGAGUCCCGGGAGGCGAACUGCAGACAUGGAACCGCUGGCGGCUGCCAUUGACCAGGGAACCAGCUCCACCAGGUUCCUGGUGUUCAACACUAAAACAGCCCAGCUGAUCAGCCACCACCAGGUGGAGCUCAAGCAGCAUUUCCCCAAAGAAGGGUGGGUGGAGGCGGACCCCAGGGAGAUCAUGGACACCGUCCACGAGUGUCUGGAGAAGACCUGCCAGAAGCUGGCGCAGCUCAGCGUGGACGUGUCCCGCAUCAAAGCGGUGGGGGUGACCAACCAGAGAGAAACCACCCUGGUCUGGGACAAGGAGACCGGAGAGCCGCUCUACAACGCCAUCGUCUGGCUGGACCUGAGGACACAGUCCACUGUGGAGAGACUCAUAACCAGAACUCCCAGCAGGAGCAAGAACCACCUGAAGCAUAAGACCGGUCUCCCCAUCAGCACUUACUUCAGUGCUGUGAAACUCCGUUGGUUGCUGGACAAUGUGGAGGCGGUGCAGCAGGCGGUUCUGAGUAAGCGGGCCAUGUUUGGGACCGUGGACUCCUGGAUCAUCUGGAGUCUGACGGGCGGCCGAGACGGAGGAGUCCACGUCACGGACGUGUCCAACGCCAGCCGCACCUUGCUGUUCGACAUCCACAGCCUGGACUGGGACCCCGAGCUCUGCAGUUUCUUUGACGUCCCGAUGGAAAUCCUGCCCACCGUCAGAAGUUCCUCUGAGAUCUAUGGCCGCAUGAGGUCCGGCUCGCUGGCAGGGGUUCCCAUCUCGGGGUGUCUCGGGGACCAGUCGGCAGCCCUGGUUGGUCAGAUGUGCUUUGAGGAAGGCCAGGCCAAAAACACGUACGGGACGGGAUGCUUCCUGCUCAGGAACACAGGAACCAAGCCGGUGAUGUCCGAACACGGCCUGAUCACCACCGUCGCCUACAAGCUGGGGAGGGACAAGCCGGCCUGCUACGCGCUGGAGGUGGGUCAUGUUGGUUCUUCACUAGGUUUGUCUGGACCUCAUGACCAACGGGUCGGAACCAGGGGACUGCGGCCCAGCAUGUCCGAGACCACGGCUCUGGGUGCAGCCAUGGCGGCCGGCGCCGCUGAGGGCGUGGAGGUCUGGAGCCUGAACCCGGAUCAGCUGCCUGAGGUCACRGCGGAGCGAUACCAGCCUCAGAUCAACACCCAGGAGAGCGAGUUGCGCUUCGCUCGCUGGAAGAUGGCCGUCCAGAAGUCCAUGAACUGGGAGACGUCAGAGACCAGUAGCACCAGUAACGGUCGGCAGCAGGGAUCCAACUGAGUCCACAUGGUGGUACCGGGUACUGUGCUGGUUCUGGAGAUGAAACCGACCCUGGAGCUUCUGAAAGAACCGGCCCAGUUUAUUCAAACCAGUGAUGUYAGAGCAGAACCAUCAGAACCGUUUCCAGCCCAACCAGAACCUUUUGUCUCGGACCUCAUUUGUUCCAGAUGAAGGUUCGGUCCAACUUCACYCAGCAGAACCUGAGCCAGAAACCCGGUUCCGACCCACUGUGAACAUUUUUAUAUUCAGAGGGAAAUAAAAUCUAGAAACGACCAACAGAAGUUUAAACUAAAUGUUUUUAUAUCUGUGAUAAAUUGUCAUCCUGAGAUACUUGAUUAACGGAGCAGAAGAAAAAAUGUCUUCAAAAUAAAAACUUUAAUAUCAUGUGUCCUAGUCAAAGUCUGAGGUGAAAUAAAGUUUAGAAACAAAGAACUUUGUUUCCUUUAUUAAAAAAGUUUUACAGGACAUUUACAGGAAG